UCAACGCACAGCAUAGGCAAGCGUCUGCAUUGUUUUGAUGCUUCAAGUCCAGUUUGGCCGACAGUGUGAGAAAGACUGGCGGUGGAGAUUCGGUUAGAUUUUUUAGCAGUCGGUAACACACCACCACAAAGCUGGGCAAGCUUGCUAGCAGGAAGAAGUCACCGCUGUCAAAUCGACACCGACGGCGUCCGGUGUUGCCAAGAGUGCGGCACAGGCAGGAGCCCGCGACCGCAACAGCCGGCACCAUGAUGGAAGGAGGAAUGCAGCUGCUGAACCGCGAUGGCCACAGCAUCUCGCACAACUCGAAGCGGCACUACCACGAUUCCUUCGUCUCCAUGAACAGGAUGCGUCAGCGGGGGCUGCUGUGUGACAUCGUGCUUCAUGUUUCUAACAAAGAAAUCAAGGCACACAAAGUGGUGCUGGCAUCUUGCAGUCCUUAUUUCCACGCUAUGUUUACAAAUGAGAUGUCAGAGAGUCGGCAGACACAUGUGACCCUACAUGACAUUGACCCCCAGGCUCUGGAGCAGCUGGUCCAGUAUGCCUACACUGCAGAGAUAGUGGUUGGUGAAGGCAAUGUGCAGACUUUGCUUCCUGCAGCUAGUUUACUGCAGCUAAAUGGGGUGCGGGACGCCUGCUGCAAGUUCUUGCUGAGCCAGUUGGACCCCUCAAACUGUCUGGGGAUCCGAGGUUUCGCUGAUACUCACUCUUGCAGCGACCUUCUCAAGUCAGCGCACAAGUAUGUCCUACAGCACUUUGUGGAGGUGUCCAAAACUGAAGAGUUCAUGCUGCUGCCACUAAAACAGGUUCUAGAUUUAAUAUCCAGUGACAAUCUCAACGUUCCAUCAGAGGAGGAGGUGUACCGCGCUGUGUUGAGCUGGGUGAAACAUGAUAUAGAUGGACGAAGGCAACAUGUUCCCUGGCUGAUGAAGUGCGUACGGCUACCGCUGCUGAAGCGAGACUUCUUGAUGAGCAAUGUUGACACAGAAUUGCUGGUGCGCCACCACUCUGAGUGCAAGGAUCUGUUGAUAGAGGCUCUCAAAUAUCACCUGGUACCUGAGCAGAGGGGAGUCCUAAGUAACAGCAGGACUCGGCCCCGUCGCUGUGAGGGGGCCAGCCCAGUUCUCUUUGCUGUUGGUGGUGGCAGCCUGUUUGCCAUACAUGGAGACUGCGAGGCCUAUGAUACUCGGACCGAUCGCUGGCACAUGGUGGCGUCUAUGUCAAGCCGCAGGGCACGAGUGGGAGUAGCAGCCAUUGGGAACAGACUGUAUGCUGUCGGAGGAUACUGUGGAACGUCAGAUCUUGCGACCGUGGAGUCAUACGACCCUAUCACUAAUGUGUGGCAGCCAGAGGUUUCUAUGGGAACAAGGCGGAGUUGUUUGGGCGUAGCGGUUCUGCACGGCCUUCUCUACGCAGCCGGAGGUUAUGAUGGAGCGUCCUGCCUCAGCAGUGCAGAACGAUAUGAUCCUCUAACAAGCACCUGGACUUCUAUCGCUGCCAUGAGCACCCGCAGGAGAUACGUGCGCGUGGCUACUCUAGACGGCUGCUUGUAUGCAGUAGGAGGAUAUGACAGCUCCUCACACCUGUCCACGGUUGAGAAAUACGAGCCACAGAGCAACACAUGGACGGCCAUUGCCAGUAUGCUGAGUCGGCGCAGCAGCGCUGGAGUGGCAGUUUUGGACGGGAUGCUUUACGUUGCGGGGGGCAACGAUGGCACUAGCUGCCUGAACUCAGUGGAACGCUUUAAUCCCAAAUCUAACACCUGGGAGGGGGUGGCUGCCAUGAACAUACGCAGGAGCACCCAUGACCUGGUGGCGAUGGAUGGCUGGUUGUACGCGGUGGGCGGAAACGACGGCAGUUCUAGCCUCAACUCCAUCGAGAAGUACAACCCGCGCAGCAACAAAUGGGUAGCAGCGUCGUGCAUGUUCACGCGGCGCAGCAGCGUGGGCGUGGCUGUUCUAGAGCUGCUCAACUUCCCGCCCCCUUCCUCGCCAACCCUCUCGGUUUCCUCCACAAGCCUUUGACACGGGGUUACCUCUCUGCUGACCCCAGCACCUGCUGCUAAUGCCCAGACUGGAUCUGGGAAGAGACGCAACUGCUCCGUUUGAAGAUGGGGGGGAGAGAGGGAAGGUCCAGGUGUGAGGCAAGUGAGGUUAUCAAAACAUAAGGUGAGUGGUGGACCACUAAAUUAGGAGUUCAUGUUUCUGAUUCCGGUAAAUUUAAAAGUGUCGAACCCAUGAUCAAUUUUACCUGGUCGUUAUCCUCCAAGUGUCUCUUAAAUUCCAACCUUAGGUCAUCGAUGCCAGGCCUCCACCACACCCUUCUGUCCCUCGCCAUGAUGAGAAAGACCCAUAUCUCCUAACCACUCUCGUGUUUGACACACAGAGAGGAGAGUAUUCUCUUAUAUUUAAAGUUUUGGGGUUUGAUGUGUCGUUGCAAGAUUUCAAUUUGUGAUAAUGUACACAGUUAAAAGAUGCUGAAUGAGUUUUUUUUGUUUCAGAAUGUAGCUUCUCACUGGUUCGACCGUGCAUGUUUACAUUUGUGGCAUCGACCCCCAUGGUGGGAGGGCUAAAAUGUUGUAGAGCUGCUGUGCUACACUAGGUGGCAGUAUGAGGCAACGUUGUUUUCACACCAUCACCGCAUGGACCAGAACUACAUGAAUUUAAAACUGGUUUUAUAUUUAAACAGAGUUUUAUGUUGAAUUAUUUAUAAAGUAAAUUAUUCUAUAUUUGUUGCUAAGAGGAACAGAUAUAGUCAAUGUGAGUGAUAUUUUGUGUUUCAGUUUCUGCAGGUCGAGAGGACUGAGUGUUACUUUUUUACUUCACAAGCAUGAUUCGUGUGAUGUUGGAUGUUUGUGAUGCUCACGUGUAUGACGCUCUUUGUCCAUUCAGAUGCAAAACAAACCCAAUUUCUGUUUCCCAUCCACAUUAUGUUAGGCUGAGGUUGUAUUACAAGUUUGAAAGGAAAAUUCUUGAAAAGGUUGUGGAAGUCAAGCCAUGGUGCAACUAUAGUUAACACCUGAAAGAAUUCAGCUCCAGUGUUCUGCAUAUGAUGAAGUCAUCGCUCUAACAUUCGUAAACCCUGGCCAUCACAUAUGCUGCGAUGCAACUAGUGCAAAGAGUUACUUGGUUACUGUCAUAAGUAAAACCCCUUUCUGUCCCUUAACUUCUAUUUCAUUUUUUUUUUCAUGAUUUAAUGUCAGGGAACACAAUUCAUUUAAAUUUUGUUUUCUACAUCUAUCAGUUCUUCUUUCAUACACCUUUUUAAAUAUUUCUUUGCCCUUUUAACAUAUGUUUAAGUGAAGAAAUAAUAUUCGUGACAGCAGCUGGUGAAUGUUUCUCUUUUAAGUAUGACGCAGGUUCUUUGAUGAGACGUGACAAAACACUCAUAGUUAUAGAAUAAAUGCCUGGUAGUGUGGAUUUAGCAAGUUUGUCUUCAUACUCCAGUUUCAUUUUCAACUUGACCUCAUUAUUAAAAUUAAUCCAAGUUGAACAUUCAAAUCAACGCCUGUCAUCUUCAAAUCAAUUUCCAAAUUCUGCUGAAUAAAAUAUUGUGUUAUGAACAGCAGUAGGACAGAAUAUCUGCUUUUAUUUAAUGGGAACAAAUUGUCGUGUCAAGUUAUGUUUUUUGGCAAUUGAGACUUUCUUGCUCCAAGCUCAUCAUACUAACUUGUAGUAUCACCUUUUUCACUUUCAUAUCUUUCCCUCUAUUUUGAGUUAGGAUCAUGUAUUUUUCCUCUAUAUAAAUCACAAUGUUUUCACUCACCGUCGAAUUAAAUCAUUACUGAUUGAA